AUGGAAGCGGCGCGGAAGACGAUCAAGGAGCUCGGCCAGCGCAUCCUGCCAGAACGACCCCAUCACCUAGCCUUCCACCCCGAAUGGCGCUUUCGCCCCGGCCCCGGUGACGGCAAUGCCUUUGAGGAAUGGAACCAUCCCCGCCUGCAGUACCUGACGCUGCUGUCCGAUUCCGAUCGCGGCAUCCUCUUCACAAAGUCCGAAUAUGACAUGCGGGAGGAGCCCGCCAAGCCGCUGCCACGCGAGGUCAACGCGCUGGCCAAGGGCGGCGAGAAGAAGAAGCUGUCGCUGAGCGACUACAAGAACAAGAAGACGGGCGCCACGUCGUCCACGUCGCCCCCCGAGCCUUCAAUCGCCAAGAAGAAGGAAAGCGAACGCGCCGGCGAGCUGGCCGCCGCCGCCGCCACCAGCACACCCGGCACGGGGGCCACAUUACCUCUUAAACCUCCCACCAAACACCCACUUCCGCCCCGACCCCCCUCUCCCGUGCCCAAGAAACGCGUGGCAGACCUGGAUGACGACUCGCGACCACAGAAGCGCUCCAGAGCCGAUGACCGUGCACCGCUCGCCCGCGAGGACGCGCAGAGGCGCAAGGAUAGACUCCUCGCGACGGCCUCGAGGGAUGCGCCGCCUCAUCGGGAUGACAGGCCAUCCGCCCCAGUCGCCAAUUCGUCCUCGCUGCCUAACGGCAGAUCCCUUCUCAAAAGCGCCGUGGGCUCCAGCCGCAACAAUGCCUCGCCCGCGCAUCGUCCACGAGGCGACUCCAUGAAUGGUGUUCGACCCACCGGCUCAGGAAGCAAUCGGGCCACGCCCACGAAGACCGAGGCGCAAAAGUCCAGCGUGCCGCCUUUAUUAUCCCCUCUCCACCUUACCUUUGAUGAUCGCGAUGCCGAAGACAGAUCGCUGGCGAAACAAAACAAGAAGAGACCCCAAGAAGAACCACAUGCGCAGCCUAAGUCGCCCAGCCGCCAGCACAAAAAAUCCGAGUCCGCAUCGGAGCUCAAGAAACAGAAGUCGCCCUUGAGACUCCCGCCACUACUCUCCCCCACCUUGCCGCCGGUUGUGGAAGCUGCUCUGCAGCUGAGGAAGAAGACGUCCUUGGAGCCGUUGGAAGGCAAGCCCGCCAAGGGCAAAGGCGACAGAGAGAAAGAGCCACCAUUGAAAAAGAAGAAGCCCGUGGCUAACGAUUACUCGGACGACGACGACGAGGAUGAGCCCCUUCUGCAGCGGCCGCGCAAAUCACUCGUCGUCACGCUCAAAGUGCCUAAGAAGCUGCGGCGCGACGUCAAGCGCAUCUUGGCCCUUUCCUCUUCCACCGCUGCCCGGAAGGAGCUGCAGGCCCAGAACCAGGAACGUUCCGCCGCUCCCGAGGACUCUUUCCAGCCUCCACCCGCAAGGAAACGGCCUGUUGUUCCCGGUGACCCGGCGGGUACGAGAGAGUCUUCUACCGCGCAGAAGAAACCCAGAGUUCCCGACAUCCCCAGCUCGUCCCGCUUGCCCGCCCCGACUACACCAUCCAAGAGAGGAGCUACCUCAAUGUCCCGCGUCAGCUCGAGCAACUCGUUGGCCCAAACCCCCGGAGACAACACCGUCAACGCUACUCCGUCUGCCCCGGCCUCAUCUGACCGCCGGGUCAACGGUCAGGCCAUGAGUCACACGGAAUCCGUCGAGGCGAGAGCCAUGAGGGACAAGGAAGCUCGUCUCUCUACUCUUGGACGCCGCCUUAAGCACGAGGCAGACACGGCGAUGAGAGGUGGUGCCAGCGGCAAUGAGCCCGACCUUAAGAGGGGCUAUGCCAUCAGCGUGGAGAGCCUGCUGGCUUUCAUGGCCGGCUUCCAGGCACAAAACACGUACCGCGGGUUGUGCAAUAAGAGGAGUGAUCCGUCGGGAUGGUCCAGCCUGUUCCCCCUGCUCGAGUUCAUCGAGGGCCAGAUGAAGAGACAGGAGGCCCACACUCGCCGAUUCCUCCCUCUUUAUAUGCUGGUCCUCCACAUACACCUCCUCGCCAUCACAGAGCUGAUUCGGUGCCAUGUGACGGUCGAGAACGCGGCCAUCACAGUGACGGAUUUUGCCCGGCUAGAGCGAACGCGAUUCAAGCUCUGGUCUCAGCUGUCCGAGACCUUCGUCAACAUUGAGAAUCCUGCCCUGCGGCUUGAGAUACCACAGCACCAGCCGCUCGACGAUGGGCUGUCGGCGAUUCAUCGCAUGCUCAUUGAGUGGUGUCACCAUGAAGACGUCGACUGGACUCCUGACGCUAAGCUCGAAGAGUCUCUUGCUCCUCGAGCCUAG